UAAGACGGCGAGGCGCUCCGAGUGCCCCUGCGCCGAAACAGUGCCGGCAGCGACCUCUAGCGGACGCCGUUGGCGACACAGGGGAAACCCACCAGCUCACUAAAUAUCCAUAUUUGCGUUAAUUUGUGCACGAUUGUAUUCUUAUUCAUUUUUGUUGUUUUUUUAGUAGUGGCGGUGGUGGUGUUGUUUCAUAACAAGUGUUUCGGUUGCUCUGCAAGUGCCUCGUUUGACUGUAAAGGAAAAAACCAAAAACCAAACAAAAGCAAAAAAGCGGUCGCCAGCAAUGACGUUCUAAAGUGUGAACACGUGACCGUCGUUGACUUGAAUUACGAUGCGAUCAACGUUCCGUGGACGGGAACGUGGUCGGUGCAAUGCGGUUUUCCGCCACAAGGGGACAGCAGUGUGCACUGAAUCUUUUUCUACCGGAUAUUUUCAGCCAAUACGUAUUACUUCCAGACAAUAUUUGCGCACAUUAGCAUUUUUUUUGCCGCCUGGCACGUCCCUUCUUUCUUGUCUUCUGUUUUCAUUGUUGCAUCUCUACUUACUUCAUUCCUUCCUCCCUUCGACCUCAGACCUGCUUCAAUGGUUGUUUUUGGUUGGAUUUUUUUUUGUAUCUUACCGACGUCGAUUGUUUUCCUGUCUUUCUUCCUUUGAAUCAUUUUACCUUUUGUUGUUUUUCUCGUUGCGACUUUUCGUGCCGCGUCUCGCCGUCAUUGUGCCCGAUUUGCUUCUUCGCUGUCGGAGAUAAACGGGCGGAUCUGCGACGUUCGCCGCCCUCCCACUCGUCUGUGCGCUUUUUACGCGCUCUUCCUCCAGAGCCACCCGAGGCGUCCGGCUCGACACCGCGGUUGAGAGGAUGCUGCCCCCGCGGCUGUGGGCGUCCGUCGCGUGCCUCCUCUGGGCGGAAGGCUGCCGGUGCCCGGAGGCGACGGGCGGAAGCUUCACCGCGGACGGGGCCGUCCGCCACUUGGUCACCGCGCCGGACGGCGUCUACGUGGCCACGGAGGAGAAGCUGUACCAGCUGAGGCGCGACCUGAGCGUGGUGCGCGCGGUCAACCAGAGGGGCGUCCUGACGGGGGGGGGCGACGCGGCGCAGUUUUCCAGAGUCGCGGAGGAAGAUCCGGGCAACGCCACGUUCAGCGUCAACGUGCUGCUGGCCUUCGCGGAGAACGGGACUCUGGUCAGCUGCGGCGUGACCGACGACGAGUGCGGCUACUGCGAGCUGCGCGCUCUGGCCGACGUGUCCGCGGUGCUCCACAGGGAGCGCAUCCUGGUGGGGCCCCCCGGGCGCUCCGGCGCGUCCGCGGCCGUCCUGGUGGCCGUCGACGGCGCCGAGCGGGACUUCUACAUCCUGACCGCCGUCCGGCAGCGCAAAGGCGAGAGCUCGCGCGGCGUGUGCCCCUCGUCCACCGAGGCCGUGUACCUCCACGACACCGACAACCGGCACGGCGGAGGCAUCUUCUCCUUCUCCGGCGACGGCUACAACUCGCUCGUCAAAAGCAGAGGCGACGUGGACUUCGUGGACGCCUUUCAGCUGGGCUCCGCCAUUUAUCUGCUCGCCAACGUGCUGCCUUCGGAGGCCGGCGGCGGUCGGGUUCGCCUCAUAUGGCUCCGAGCCAAUACCAAGAAGGCGGAGACCUUGAAAUCUCUGCGCGGAGCCUCACUGCUCGUCCCCGGACAGAAGGGCGGCAGACUGGCGGCCUCGUCGGUGGUCUCGGCCGGACCGGCUUCCACGCUGUGGGCGGGCGUGUUCGGCGCGGACGGAGACCCGAGCGCCACCCAGCUGCUUCUGUUCGACGUCACCCCCGAUCCCGAGAUCCCGGCGGAUAAAGACCCGGACUUCUGCGUGAUCUGCGUCCGCCGAGACUGGGCGGCGAAGGAGCUGCAGCCGCUCAAGGUGCUCUACAGGCGCAGCGCCAUGACGUCUGUCGCGGCCACGACGCAAGGGACCUGGAUGGUGUUCUUCGUCGGGACAGAAGACGGCCAACUCAUAAAGCUCAGCGUGGACCAAAACCAUCGCGGCACGUGUCCCACGGUGCUUUACCGGAGCGCCGACGACCGCAAAGCGUUUCCCGGCAUGCGUCUGGACGGAGCGGACGGGAAACACGUGUACGCGGCCUUCGACGACCAGGUGCUGCGCGUGCCCGCGUCCACGUGCCGCACGCGCCAAACGCGGGAAGACUGCUGGUCGGCGCAGGAUCCGAGCUGCGUGUGGUGUCACUCCAAAAAGAGUUGCACAUUCAAGGACGAAUGCCAAAACUCCCACUGGUUUUCCUUUCCCGACGAUUACCAAAAGAGGAUUUCCUACACCGUCCAAAAACACAACAGCGGUCAGAUCAGGUUGGACGUCCGCACGCACGUGAGCGCGGAUCAGAACGCGAGGGACACCUUCGCCUGUCAGUUCUCCGGACGUUCCGGCGAGCUCUGCGGCAGGGAAGGCCCUCUCACGACGUUCCCGCGAUGCACUUGCGUCCUGUUAAACGGCACGCUUUCGGCCGAAGGAACGAGCGCGGCGGUCAAAGUCCGACUGGGGCCGACGGUUUUCACGGAAAGAAUAAAGCUGACGACGUGCUCCGAAAUCAGGGGCUCGCCUACCGCCGCUCUGUGCCGGAGAUGCGUGGAGACGGGAUGCGGCUGGAGCGAAGACGGCUGUUCCUGGGCUACCGCGGGAGCGGCGAACGACGGGGUUUGCCGGACGACGACGCGGCCGGCGAACGUUUCGAAGCCGGAGAUCUACUCCAUCAGUCCCGGCGCGGUGUCUUUCUACGGUCACAACCGCGCCGUUUUGUCGGGCUCCAACCUGGGUCACGCGACCGGAGUGAGGAUGCAGACCGACGAGGACUGCGAGCCGAGAGAGUCUCCCGUGUGGAACAACACCGGCGUAAGCCUGGCGUUCCACAUUCCCGGCAUCCGAGGCAAAGGAACGGCCCGCGCGUGCGUGGCCCUCCCGGACGGCGGCUGCCACGGCGACGCCGCGAUCACGUACACGUCGGCGCCGUCCUGCGCCGCCGUGACGCCGAGCAGCACCUGGAGCAGCGGCAAGAGGACGAUCACGCUGGCGGGGUCCAACCUGGACGCGGUGGACGGCGUCUCGCACGGUCACGCCCUACAGGAAGUCAGCCUCCCCGCCGACAGAAGUUUCCGAAAUCUGACUUACCAGACGCCCGCAGCCGUGCGUACUGGCAGUGUUUUCAGCAGCGACAUUUAUCUGAGAGUGGCCAACGAAACGCUGGCCUGCCGGCAGUCCAUCGUCUACUAUCCCGAUCCUCAGUUCACCGGCUUCACCGCCAGAAGGAGCGGGGACGACGUCCGCGUCACCGUACAGAAAAGCGCGGAUCGCCUGGAGAUGACCGUAAAAGAGGUGUCGGCGUCGGGCGUCUACGGGGGCAAGGAGUACCCCUGCGUCACGGAGGCCAAAGACGCGGGCGACCACGCCGACUUCUUCGUCUGCGAAAUCCGAAGCGCGCCCGAUGCAAAUUUGGGUCAAUUAAAGGUUUUCUACGGCGAUAAGACGGUCACGCUCCGGAACAGGUUUCACCCGUUCUCUCUGAUGUGGCUCGUCCUUUUGGCGAUCCCCUGCAUCGUCGUCGCGGCGGCGCUGAUUUACCGUCGCCAACAAAAGCAGCUGACGGUGAAGAUGAAUAAGCGCAUGGAAAACCUGGAGCUGGACAUCAGGAACGACAUCAGACAAGGUUUUGCGGACAUGCAGACGGAAAAGGCGAACCUGUUGGAAAACGUGGGCGCGAUUCCGUUCCUAGACUACAAGCACUUCGCCUGCGGGAUAUUUUUCCCCGAGAACGAAGCUUUGAGGGCGUCGUGUACGGCGGACGAGCGGGGUCGUCCGACCGAGAGGGUCCCGGCCUUGUCCGAGCUGAUCCGGGACCGGCGCUUCCUCACGUGCGCGGUGCACGUGGCGGAGGAGCAGAAGAGUUUCACCGUCAAAGACAAGUGCGCGAUGGCGUCUCUGCUGACCGUGGCGCUCCACGGCGACUUGUCGUAUCUGACGGAGACGACGGAGGAGCUGCUGAAGGAUUUGAUGCGGAAAAACAGCACGGCUCAAGCCAAAAUGCUGCUGCGGCGGACGGAGUCCGUAGCGGAGAAGCUCCUCACCAACUGGAUGUCCAUCUGCCUCUACGGUUUCUUGAGGGAGAGCGUGGGCCGGCACUUGUUCCUGCUGGCGAGCGCCCUCACGCAGCAGAUCGCCCGGGGCCCGGUGGACCGCGUGACGGGCAAAGCUCUGUACACGCUCAGCGAGGACUGGCUGCUGUGGCAGGCGCAGGACUUCACCUCUCUGAGGCUGAAGGCGUUGUUUGCGGCGGGCGGCGACGGCGAGGUGAGCGAGCCCCUGGAGGCGGUGGCCCUCACCUGUGACACGGUGGAGCAGGCCAAGGAGAAAAUCCUUCGCACCUUCGAGGCCAAGUUUGGCUUCCCUUACAACAGGCCGCAAAUGAGCGUUUCUAUCGAGUUGGAGAGGGACGGAGCCUUCGUCGCCCUGGAAGAGGUCGACGCGAGUUCCGAAGCCGUCGGGGAGGUGACCAUGCUCAACACGCUCGAGCACUACAAGGUUCCAGACGGCGCUACGAUCAAGGUGCUUUCCAGAAAGGAUCCUCCCGCGAGCCCCCGGUGGAGUCGGAAGGACAACGGGGACACGUCGGGAAAAUACUUCCACUUGAUCGAUCCCGACGUAGACGAGAACAGGGGGAAGAAUCCGGAGAGGAAGAAGUUGAAGCUGAAGGAGGUGCACCUCACCAAACUGCUUUCUACCAAGGUGGCCGUGCAUUCGUUUGUGGAGAACUUGUUUGGGUCCGUGUGGGGGUCGCCGAACCGCAGAGCGCCGCAGCCCGUCAAAUACUUUUUUGACUUCCUGGACCGUCAAGCGGACGAGAUGAAGAUCUCCGAUCCGGACGUGGUGCAUAUUUGGAAGACGAAUAGUUUGCCUCUACGCUUCUGGGUGAACAUCCUGAAGAAUCCCCAGUUCGUCUUAGACGUGGAUAAAAGCGCCCACCUGGACGGCUGCUUGUCCGUCACCGCUCAGGCCUUCAUGGAUUCCUUCUCCCUCAGCGACACGCAGCUGGGGAAGCACGCGCCGACCAACAAGCUGCUGUACGCCAAAGACGUUCCCAAGUACAAGGAUGAGGUCAAGGAGUACUUCCGGCGCAUCCGGGAGCAGCCGCCGAUCAGCCGCUCGGACUUCUACAAGUUCCUUGACGAGGAGUCGAAGAAGCACCAGAACGAGUUCAACGAAGCGGCCGCCCUCGAGGAGCUCGGCAGGAUGUUUCGGAGAUACGUCCCGCAGAUCUGCGAGAAACUGGAGCAGACCGGCGCCCCCGUCCAUUUGCGGGAGCAACUGCACCGCGUGCAAGAGCCGUCGGACGGCGCGAGGAGCUGCGACCCUGAGGAGCCUUUUGACUCAUUGAGUGUCGUGUAGUUUGUGUGAGGGCGUUGGCUUGGGACUUUGCCGACGUGAAUAAAUGCAAUGGUUUGAACUGGAA